AUGGUUCUUCUGAAAGUAUUCUUCGUGCUUUGCGCCGUGGCCUACGGGACGUCGUUGGACGCAAACCUCGAUGGCGAUGCAAAAAUGAAUAGUGCAAUGUCGCGAGUAAGAAUAAAACGUGAAAUAUAUGUUGGAAGUUCAGCUGAACUUGAACUUUACAUUCUUUAUAGUAAAGGGCACAAGGAACGUCUAACGAAAAAACAAAGUGUGCUUAAAUAUUUACGCAAGUUUGUGGAAAAGAUCAAUGAGAUAUUUCGAACUCAGAAACGUAUACUCGAUGUAACUUUCACACUCCUCAGUGCCUCCCUGUGGGAACCAAAGAUGACCCCCUUGUAUGCUGAGCAGCUGAAAACAAAACUGAAAAAAUAUGCCACGAAAUUAGAGAAUUCCUGGAAGAAAAAGCACCCCAGUGAACCCAUUAGUGCUUUUCUUUUUCUGACCACGCAGCAAAUUAUAAACAAAACAGGAAAUUCUCAAGCCGUUACAGGUAUCUCUGGAAGAAUCGGAGGAAUUUGUCUGACGGGAGAGAAAGUAGCUGCAGCAACGGAUGACGCCAAUUACAGCGGCGUCAGGAACGCGGCUGUGUCUCUACUUUUUAGCAUGGGUGCUGUGUAUGACGGCCAGGGACCUCCUGGAAGAGAGUUCGUACCAGGUAGCGACGGAGCUGGAUACUGCGACCCUGAAAACGGAUUUCUGAUGGGACAUUGGGGCAAGGAUGAGAAGAAUAGCUCAACGUUAUCUAGAUGCACUCCGCACCAGAUCAUACUUGGUCUAAGGCAACGUGGACUCGAAUGUUAUGGAAAUUCAGAUGAGAAAGGUCUGUACGAAGAUCCUAAGGAUAAAUAA